GGGCCGGGUGCUGCGGGCAGAGGGUCUGUGUGUCCCGUGGGGUGAGGAGGCAGUUUGGGGCUGGGGCAGGCAUGGUGGGUUACGACCCCGAAGCCAAGUGCGUGUCCGCGGCGGAAGCGGCUGCAGCAGGAUCCGCGUCUGGCUUGGUCACUCGAGUCCUUGUCAGCCCCCUGGAUGUCCUCAAGAUCCGCUUUCAGCUCCAGAUCGAGCAGCUCUCUUCCAGAAACCCCACGGCCAAGUACCACGGCAUCCUGCAGGCUGUGCAGCGCAUCUUCCGGGAGGAGGGCUUGGCAGCCUUCUGGAAGGGCCAUGUGCCCGCUCAGUUCCUGUCCGUCGGCUUCGGAGCUGUUCAGUUCAUGGCGUUCGAGAGCCUGACAGAGCUGGUGCACAACGUCACCUCCUUCAACGCCCGGCACUCCUUCGUGCACCUGGUGUGCGGGGGCCUGGCUGCCUGCACGGCCACGGUCGCGGUCCAGCCCGUGGACACGCUGCGCACCCGCUUUGCUGCCCAGGGGGAGCCAAAGAUCUACCCCAACCUUCGCCAUGCAGUGGUGACAAUGUACCAGACAGAGGGGCCUCAGACUUUCUACAGAGGUUUGACCCCCACACUCGUUGCUAUCUUCCCAUAUGCUGGUCUCCAGUUCUUCUUCUACAACAUCCUGCAGCAGUUUUCCAAAUGGGUGAUUCCAGCUGAAGCAAAGAGUGCAGCCAGCAUUAAAGACCUUCUCUGUGGCAGCUGUGCUGGAGUUGUGAGCAAAAGCCUCACGUACCCUCUGGACGUGGUCAAAAAGCGACUGCAAGUGGGUGGCUUUGAGCACGCUCGGGCAGCCUUUGGGCAGGUACGGACAUAUGGGGGUUUCCUGGACUGCAUGAGGCAGAUCAUGCGAGAGGAAGGCCCAGGUGGGUUCUUCAAGGGCCUCUCUCCCAGCUUGCUGAAGGCUGCCUUCUCCUCUGGCCUCAUCUUCUUUUGGUAUGAACUGUUCUGUGGCCUCCUCUGUGCCCUGAAGAGCCCUGAGAGCACGGAGAGGAAGGAAGGCUGAAGGGGAUGUGUGUGGCUGCCUGCUGUUCUCCUCAGGAGGGGAGACUGAUGGUCCUGCUCUGUCAGGAGCAUGCUGGAAACCUCAGAGCUCCCAGAGCUCCCCCAGCCUGUGGGGACUCACCUCCUGGGGCCAAGCAGAAGGAGAAGGUGACUGCAGUUCUGCUGGAGACACUGAUCUGCUCAGCUGGAAGGCAUUCAACAGAGCACUUUUCUUCUGUCUCCUCUCAUAUCAGUGCACGUUUAGUGGGGAGAGGGGGAACCAGCAGACCACUCCCUAGCAAUGCCUGUGCUCUGGAAAGGCACCCAGUAAAGUGGGUGAAUCCCUGAGCUCGCCCUGGGUCCCAGACAGGGGAUUCUGGCCCAGCCUAGUGCUGCUUAACCAACCACCACUUCCUAGCACUGCAUCUGCACAGCUCUAUUCCCUUGCUCUGUGCCUGCUGUUUGCACCAGAUUCUUGUCUCGGUGUGGCACAGGUCUCUGUCCUGCUGCUGUGAAUCAGUUAAAGCCACAUUAGUGCACAGACCCUCAGUUUUCCUUUCCUUUGCUGCCAGCUGCUGCUUCUUGCUGGCUGAGCAUUCUCUGUCAUCUUAAACACAGCAUCUUCUCUGAUCAUGCUGGACCAGACUUGUUCUUCCUUUAACUCCAGUGAGCUUGACAGUAUGCUGAAUUCCCAUUUCUGUUCCUGGGUGUCCUUAGAGAUUUGCAGUGCCUCACUCACACUUUUUACAAGCAAACGUGCAUAUUAAGAGCCCCACUCUGAGGGGAUUCAACGCUCAAACCCAAUUUUUACUUCAGGGUUCUUUGCUUCAAAGCAGUGAGUAAAAAAUGCUAUAUAGAGUUAGGAAGUAAUUAUUCUAAAUUGGAAUAAUGAAGGGAAAGUCCUGUGGAAACUAGUAAUUUUUUAAUCAUUAUUUAUUUAAUAGCACCUUUGAAUGUGUCUAAGAAGUAUUUCUGUAGUGGCCUCAAAACAUUUCAGAACCUCAGUCCUGCACUGGUGCUAGCAGAUGAAAAUGUUUUGACAAGAUUUGCUGAAGUGAAAGGAAUGAAUAUCAAAUGGGAAUUGGUUGGCUGAGCGUGAUGUUUCAAAUGGGUGACUGAAUUAGAGAUGGAAAAGUGUUUUUCUGGAGUUUCAGAGAUUUUAUGAGUGGUUAAAAAAAACCAACAAAACAGUCUACCAGCAACUCUGAUUUACAUAAUGGUGGAAAAGAGGAAAAUUACUUUCUUCCUCCUUUUUUAUUCUGUGUUUUUUCAAGCCUAGCAGGGUGUGGCUGGACUGUGUGGAAGGCAGAAUUCCCAGCCCUGCCUACAAAAGCAUGUUAGUCAUCUGCAAGGAGUGGAUAAGGCAGAGCAUUGCAGUUAUUUGGAGGAUGGUUUGAUGGUUCUUAACACAGAGCUUUUCCCAGCUUUUUUGCAGUAUUCAGAGUGUUAAUCCCAAAUGGUCUGGCCAAAUUCCAGAGUGACCAAUUCCAUUCCAUUGACGCAACUUCUCCUGGCAAUUUUGAGCAUAUCAGCAUUGCUCACUGAGCUAUUGUGAGAGGCUGUUUUUAAAAAACAGCUGUUUCACUGGUGGCUGAGGUAUCUGGAAAAAUUCCUUGCAAGCCCAGGCUGAAUAACUUUGUGUCUGCUAUGUGUUUGAGGUCUUGGAGUACAAAGUGGCCUGCAGGUGACUGAGCUGCGUAAAAUUAAAUUCAUUGAGUAGUAUCAGUGUCAGGCAGGAGGCCAAUAUGUGAGUCUUAAAGAGGGAGAGAGAGCUGCAUAUACUCUAAAAAUGGCUUUUUUGUUUAGAGCAGAAAAUGCAGGAAAUGUGGAGUUUAUCCAAGUGUGUCAAUCCUAUUGGUAUUUUCCUGUGUUAUUUAGGAUCUUCUGAGAUUUCUCAAAAUCUUCUUAACAAUGUUUAGCCUUUGUUUAUUGUUCACCUGUUGUUCUUGGAAAGACAUCAUAAGGAGUAAUGAACUCACAGCCUCAUGACAGACAUCCUUCUGAGGGACACAAAUGUCUCUUUUCAAAUCAGACAAACAUGUUGGCUUUGUUACUGCCUUUUGUUGCUGGUGAGAUGAAUGCUGUCAUGGUUAGCAGGGACAGGGCAGAGCAGAAAAUGUUCGGUGCUGACCUAGGCUUCCUUAGGAAAUGGGGACUCAUCCAUCCUGUCUAAACAUUGCAAGACUUGUUUUCCAUUUGUUGUCAAAGAGCUGCUGUUAAACUGCACAAAAUGGGGAAACUGGGAACUCAGCAGCAGGAAAAGAACAGGAAGAUCUAUGCUCUGUUAAAAUGAUGUUCCUCGAGGGUGCUCUGGAGCUUGGGGUGAUGCUGGCAUGGGCAGCUGGGCUGCUCCAGAGAGAGGGCAGCACUGGAGAGUAUGGAGCAGCUUUUCCUCUCUGGGGUUGUUUUUUCUUCCACUCUGCAUUAACUGAGCUUGCUUCCACCCAACAGGUGGCAAAAUCAGAGUUUAAGUUGUGCCUGUCUGGCCUAGGCUAUGGAAGAGACACUCCCUGUUCAGAGGCCUUUUGGCUGUGAGUCACAAAUGUUACAGGCCAUAAAGGCAUCUGGCUUCCAGCGAGAAAGAUGUGACAACCUCAACAAUACCAGGAGCUGCAUCCAACAAUCACUUCUUCACCUCUGAUCAGCAGCAUCUGCCCCUCAUAGCUUUUUCAUGUGCACUUUGCUGGGGAAAGCACUGUAAGAUGAAUGUUGAUUUCUCUGUGGGAUUGAGGCUGAAUGAAGCGCUAGGAGAACAAGAUUUUUCUCAUGCUGUGCUGGCAAAACACAUGCUGUUAGGAGCUAAAUCUCUUAGAAUUAGAGGAGCAGGAGAUGGGAGAGAUCUGUGGUCACCUUGUUCUCCCAGGUGCUGGGACGGAUUUGCUCUUGGAAUCUGCAUGCUCCCAUUCAGCCUGAAGUGACUCAAUGUGGCAAAUGCCUUGCUGUGAGACUUGGCCGAUUUUGGCCAUUGGGAUUUCUUUCCAAGUUAAUCCUCUCACCAGGGAUUUGCAGUUCACCUCACAACCUGCUCAGCAGCUGCGUUUGUUUUCUUCUAGUGCCUUUUACCAUGAGAACAUCCAAAAGUUCCUUAGCAGACAGAGCAUUGGUGAGGAGUUGUGCUGUGGUUGUUUGCAGCUCCACCACAGCACUGAGCCAGCGUGGGAUGCACAGGAUCUGCUGCUUCCUGCAGUGCUGGCUGGCUUAGUGAGCUCCUAGGACAGUCCCACUCUCAGGAUGCUCAUGCAGAGCUGCACAGCAUCAUUUUUGACAGGAAAUGAAUGUUUUACAGUUGGACUGGAGUAGAUUAUAUUUAUUUGGAUUUAAGUUUCUCUUGUGAUGUAAAAACUGUAACUGUGGCAUUUUGCUGUGUUGCCUGAGUGGAUCUUUUUUGCAGGUGCUUUUUCCUUAAAGCAUCCCUGCACAACACACACAGCGUGUGCCUGCCUUUAAGACAAGGUACAUUAAAUAUUUUGUUAC